AUGCAUUGCAGGGAGUGUGGCUCGGAACGGGUAAAGGGUCCAGAGGCAGCUGCUCAGAGGAGCCUGUCCCCCCGCGGAGAGCGAGGGAAGGGCGACGCUAAGCGGAGGCACGGCGGAACAGCGCCUGUGGUGUCAGCCAGCAGUAUUUUAGCAAAGGAUUACCCCCUCGAGGUGGUGGAGCAGCGCACCCCAUACCGAGUCGUCACGAAGCGGCUCUACGACAUGGGCCUCAGACCAGCGCUGUGGUUUCCAGCUAAACUGUCCGUGGUAUUCGAGGAUGGCAUGAGGAAGUUUCUUCCAUCAGUAAAGGAUGCCAUGGACUUUUCAGACUCUCGAGAUCGCCGUGAGUUGAUGGAUAACUGA